CUGCUGUCACAGUCAGUCUGGCACUGAGGAGACAUGGCUACGAUGUACCCCAACGUGACAACAGAUGAAUACUCUGAUUACGGAGGUCUAGAUGACAACUUCCAGCUCUGCAACAACACCAAUGUAAGUGCCUUCAACCAAGUCUUCCUUCCUUCCCUCUACAGCAUUGUCUUCAUCGUGGGAUUCAUUGGAAAUGGCCUGGUGCUGUGUGUCCUGGUCAAGUACCACAACAGGUCAAAUGUGACAGAUGUGUGUCUCUUCAACCUGGCCCUUUCAGACCUCCUCUUCCUGAUCUCUUUGCCUUUCUGGGCUCACUACGCUGCCAUCUCUGAGUGGACCUUCGGGGGCUUCAUGUGUCAUGCAGUGACAGCGCUCUACAUGCUGGGAUUUUAUGGAAGUAUCUUCUUCAUGAUCCUCAUGACCUUGGACCGCUACGCUGUCAUUGUCCAUGCCCAUAACUCUCUCUUCUCCAAGCACCGGUCUGUCAGAGCUGGCAUAGCCCAGGCUUUGUUUAUGUGGGCACUUAGCUUGGGAGUUUCUCUGCCAACCAUCAUUUUCUCCAUAGUGAAGAAUGAAUCAAACGGGUGGAUAUGCAAAGAGGAAUAUCCAGAAGGGACAGCAUGGAAGUUAUUCUCUUACAUUGAACUGAACAUCCUCGGCUUGAUCUUUCCUCUUUCGGUGAUGGUGUUCUGCUACUCGCGCAUCAUCCCCAUUUUAAUGGCGAUGAAGUCUCAGAGGAGACACAAAGCUGUCAGGCUCAUCCUGGCUUUGGUUAUUAUUUUCUUCCUCUUCUGGACGCCCUACAACAUUGUCAUCUUCCUGAAGUUCCUGCGCCAAUUAGGCUACAUGAGCACCUGUCAGUGGGAACAGGACCUGCACAUGGCUACGCAAUGGGUGGAAACCAUAGCGUUCAGUCACUGCUGCUUCAACCCCAUAAUUUACGCCUUUGUGGGGCAGAAAUUCAGGACUUUGGUUCUCAAGAUACUAAAACAGUGGUUUCCUGUUUGCUUUGGUCGGUGCACAACAAUCGGCAGUGAGUUCUCAGAGAGGAAGGGCUCUAUGUCCUCACGCUCCUCAAUGAUUUCCAGCACAAAGAUUGUGUAGCCAAAAGUUCAGCAGGUAAAACCUGGACUAAUCAUUCCAGGUGUUAUCACCAAAGCGCAUUUCACAAUUCUUCAUACUUUGGUUUGAUUUAACUUUUUCUUAAGAAGUUUUUUGGUUACACAUUGUCAUUAUUUUACUUUUUAAGUUAAUGCUAUUUGCAUAGGUUGUGCGUAAUUUAAAAUGUUUAUGCUUGUAACAGAGCAUGCAGCAAUCAAAAGGUG